UCGCAUCCCCGAGAGAGGAGAAAGAGAGAGAGAGAGAGAGAGAGAUGGGGAGCGCUUGCCAAGAACAUGGUGAUGGCUUCCAUUGCUCUAACAAUAGGUUCUCCAAUGUUUUCCAAGCCAAUGAGACCGCCGGCAAAGUCAUCACUUGUAAAGCUGCGGUUGUAUGGGGUCCAGAAGAACCCCUCGUGAUAGAAGAGGUGCAAGUAGAGCCCCCUCAAAAAAUGGAGGUCCGGAUCAAGAUCCUCUUCACUUCCAUCUGUCACACCGAUCUCGGUGCUUGGAAAGGCCUGAAUGAGAUGCAACGUGUAUACCCUCGAAUCCUUGGCCACGAGGCAGCCGGGGUGGUGGAAAGCGUGGGGGAGGGCGUGGAAGACUUGAAGGAGGGGGAUCAUGUGGUUCCCAUCUUCAACGGGGAGUGCGGCAAGUGCACCCACUGUGAGUCCCCCAUGACCAACCUGUGUGCCCGGUUCCGGGUGGAUCCCUUCAAGAGCACCAUGGCCGGCGACGGCCGAACCAGGUUCUCCGUCAUCAACCGGGCCGGGGAGCGCCGCCCCAUCUACCACUUCCUCAACACCUCCACCUUCACCGAGUUUACGGUGCUCGACUCUGCCUGCGUCGUUAAAGUUAACCCCAUGGCGCCCCUCCGAAGGAUGUGCUUGCUUAGCUGUGGCAUUUCCACAGGAGUGGGAGCUGUGUGGAAUACUGCAAAUCUAAAGGAGGGUUCAACCGUAGCAGUCUUCGGGCUUGGUGCUGUGGGCCUUGCGGUUGCAGAAGGUGCCAGACUGAGAGGGGCCUCCGAAGUUAUUGGUGUUGACAUUAACUUGGAAAAAUUUGUGAAAGGGCGAGAGAUGGGCAUCACAAAAUUUAUCAACCCUAAAGACUGCGACAAGCCGGUGAACGAGGUGAUCAGGGAAAUGACGAAUGGAGGGGUGGACUACAGCUUCGAGUGUGCGGGAAAUCUGGACGUACUCCGUGAAGCUUUCUUGUCAACCCAUGACGGAUGGGGUUUUACGGUGAUUUUAGGGAUCCAUCCAACACCAAGGUUGUUGCCAUUGCAUCCAAUGGAGCUUUUUGAUGGCCGAAGGAUCACUGGAAGUGUCUUUGGCGAUUUUAAAGGGAAAUCCCAGUUGCCGGAUUUUGUGGACAAAUAUAUGAAUGGGGAAAUUAAAAUUAAUCUGGAUGGGUUUAUAACCCAUGAGCUGCCCUUCGCUGACAUAAACAAAGCUCUUCAGCUGCUAUCAGAGGGAAAGUCCUUGAGGUGCCUACUGCACCUUUGAUACAUAUUGCCAUCUUCCAUUGGGAACGGUUCUCUGUCAGGGAAAUAACAAUGUAGACAACUAUCUUAAACCUUGCAUGCAUCUUUUCAGAACCAUAGUAUGUCUAGCAAAUUAUACAAAAUAAGGAUUAAAGUUAUGUAAACUUUUUCUUGUUUUUGGAUGGCAGUGGUAGCUCCAUGGGUCACUAUUAUCUGUAUCAAACACUUAAGAGAUAAAUCUUAAGAUUUGAACACAAAAUCACAUCUUAGAUGGAAGAGGGGUGCAACUGUUAGGCGUGUGAUGUAAUGCUAUAAUUACAUUUUUGACAAUUGAAGGCAUUGGCUUGCUUUUGUAUGGUUUU